AUGAGUGAAAAUAAACAAUUUAUUAUUCGUGGAAUUGUUAUUGGAAAUAACCGUGUUGGGCGUGAACAUCUAUUACAACGGCUGUGUAAUGGCAUGUUUAUAACUUGUUGUUUUGGUUCAAGUGUUGAGGAUAAGUUUCAUAAAUAUUUAAAAUUUGAAGACAAAAUUUUUGAUGUGAUGUUACUUAAAAUGUACACUGGAGACACACCAAAAUUUAUUCAGGAGUUGUGCAUUAAACAAUCAAAUUUUUAUAUCAUUGCUUAUGCAAUAAAUGACUCUGAAUCCCUUGAGAAUGUGUGGAAAUACAGAGAAGAUAUAUACGAAGUUUUGAAAUUGGAUGAUCACGAAGAAAUACCUUUAAUUCUCUGUGCUACGAAAUUGGACUUGGAACGAAAUGUUUCUUCUCACGAAGAAAUUAAAAUGAUGAAAAAAUGUGGAACUACACUGUUUUACACCUCUGCUAAAAACAAUAUCGGUGUUCAAGAAAUGGGGUACGGCUGCGUUGCAAACUAUUUUAAAAUACUAAAGAAAAAAGAAAAAGAAAAUAACAAACGUCUAUGUCUUGUGAUGUGA